CAGAACUUGGAAGAGGACGGGCGUGAGCAACCAUGGCUGGGCAGUGCUUCCCGGUACCCCGGCUCGAGGGCGUUUCGCAGGAGCAGUUCAUGGAGCACCUCUAUCCGCAGAGAAAACCUCUAGUGUUGGAAGGAAUUGAUUUGGGGACAUGUUCAAGCAAAUGGACGGUGGAUUACCUAAGCCAAAUUGGAGGGAGGAAAGAGGUGAAGAUUCAUGUUGCUGCAGUUGCCCAGAUGGACUUCAUUAGUAAGAACUUUGUGUAUAGAACUUUACCUUUUGGCAAGUUGGUUCAGAGGGCCUCUGAAGAAAAGCAUAAGGAAUUCUUUAUUUCAGAGGAUGAGAAGUACUACCUACGAUCACUUGGAGAAGACCCUAGAAAGGAUGUUGCAGAUAUCAGAAAGCAGUUUCCUUUAUUGGAAGGAGAUAUUAAGUUUCCAAAAUUCUUCAAAGAAGAGCAGUUCUUUUCCAGUGUUUUUCGAAUUAGCUCACCAGGGUUACAACUUUGGACCCACUAUGAUGUAAUGGAUAACUUCUUAAUACAAGUGACAGGAAAAAAGCGUGUUGUACUAUUCAGUCCUCGAGAUGCCCAAUAUUUAUAUUUAUCAGGUACUAAAUCAGAAGUACUGAAUGUAGAUAACCCAGACUUAGCUAAAUAUCCACUGUUUUCCAAGGCUAGACGGUAUGAAUGUUCCCUUAAAGCUGGAGAUGUAUUAUUCAUUCCUGCUUUAUGGUUCCAUAAUGUAGUAUCUGAAGAGUUUGGAGUGGGAGUGAAUGUCUUUUGGAAGCAUCUUCCAUCUGAAUGCUAUGAUAAAACGGAUACCUAUGGAAACAAAGAUCCUACAGCAGCAUCAAGAGCUGCACAAAUUUUGGACAGAGCCUUAAAAACCCUGGCUGAAUUACCAGAGGAAUACAGGGACUUCUAUGCACGGCGAAUGGUCUUGCACAUUCAAGACAAAGCCUAUAGCAAAAACUUUGAAUAAAUAUUGAAGUGAAUGCAAUGAGCAUAAACUUUUAAAUACAGUUCAACUCAAAUAUUGGAAAAGUAUAACAAGAUGUAAAUUAUUUUUUUAAAGAUUUAUCCUUUGUUA